AUGACAUCACCAGAGACAAUGGCGUGGAACAACACAUCUGGUCUAGGCCAUAUUGCUGAAGUAGGCGUUGGAACUUACGUAACAAUAAUGUGUACACUAUCACUAUUUGGCAAUGUUACUGUUUUAGCUGUGAAAAUAAAGAACAGAAAACAACUAAAGUCGCACGACUAUUUUAUUAUUAACAUCGCCAUCGCUGAUAUUGGUGCCGUUACAACUGGUUAUCUGCUGAUGGUAGUGUCAGCCAGUAAUCAUAUGUUAUACUUUGUUUCAAGUGAAUGCACAUUAGUUGGAUUUUCUGGUUGGUUCUUCAACUGUGUCAGCAUGACAACAUUGUCUGUUAUCGCAAUCAUGCGAUAUUUAAUAGUAGUACGUAGCCAAGGUUCCUUUUUUGAAAAAAAGAAACGGAUUAUUGGUAUAAUCGUCUUUAUAUGGUUAUAUUCAGCAUUUUGGGCUACUGCACCUCUAGUAGGAUGGGACAGAUAUGUUCCAGAACCGUACCUGUCAUCGUGCUCUUUGGACUGGACAAGUACACAGCCAGCUGAUAUCGCAUACAUUGUCUGUAUAUUCGUGUGGUGCUUUUUAUUGUGCGUAAUAGCAAUCAUAUUCAGCUAUGGUAGCAUUAUCUUAAAAGUCAGACAGAUACAACGUAACUUAAAUCCGAACAAAUCUGCGAUGAAAAAGCAUGGCAAAAUUACGAAGAUGUUCGCAAUUACCACAAUAUGUUUCCUUGUUUCAUGGACUCCAUACGCUAUUGUGUCGUUUGUUUCAGUCAUUAAAGGCAGUUCAGCUGAUAUUCCAUUAAUAGUACUGACGUCACCAAACCUUUUUGCCAAGUUUUCAUGUGUGUACAACCCAAUAGUAUAUUAUACCACUGAUAAGAUGUUUCGAAAAUCAGUUAAUCAACUUUUUUGGAGUAUUUGCUUACCGUGUUGUGAAUAUCACAUUACAUCGGAUGUGCAACCACAAGAUUUAACGCUACAUGCUGAUGCCGCACACACAUCUAUGCAAGGUCGAUGUCAAGAUAAAGUUGAACAACCAUGUAACCGUUUACCAUUACCGAAUGAUUCAGAAGUAGUUAUUGUUCAAGAAUCCCGAUUCCAACACGACAAUACAAUUCACGCCAGUUAA